AUGGAGGGUCGCCUUGACUAUGACUGCGCUUUCAGCGUAUUCUCGCACCUCAACGCAGUGGAUCUCGACAAUGUGAGGCGCACCUGCAAGUUCCUUCGCCACACCGGACACGAAUAUCUUCGUCACCGUGUACUAGCCGCCAUAUCACCUUAUGUCGGAAACGCCAGAAGAUUCCUUUUACGCAUGGAAAACGUAGAUGGUGUCAUAUCCGGGUCUGUUGCUCUGAACCUCCUCUUUCCUCAGACAGCUACCCAGUUCACGUCGAAGGACUUAGACGUGUACGUGCCCGCGUCCGCAGAGUAUGCUCUUGAUGCGUUCCUUCGCAAUGCCGGUUACAAGGAAGUGGGGAUGAACAUGGGCACAUCGUACGACAUUCCUUCCGGUGCGAUCGGUACCGUCCACUCGUAUAUCAACACGAUCAAGAAACGGCUCGUGGACGUGGUGGUAGCAAAAGGUGAAGACGCGCGGGUACCGGUACUGUAUUUUCACAGCACGCCUGUGAUGAACUACGUCACCGCGACUGCGUUGUUUUCCGCAUAUCCCCAUAUGACUCUUGCACGUCAAGGGCUGUUCAAUCCGCACACAAGGCGAAGGAACGGUCUUCCGACGUGCCGCACAUACGAUGCCAUCAUCAAAUACUGGAGGAGGGGUUUCGACAUCACGCUCAACGACGGUGGGUGGUUGAAGAUGGGCCGAAGACGUUGGCCGCACCUCUGUCUCACCGACUUUGAAUGCCCCCAGUUCCCAAGACAAAUUACCGACAACGGUUGCCUCGUCAUCGAAUGGGAGGAACACGAACUACGGAAACAGAAGCAAAAGAAGCUCGCGUGGAAGUUGGGCGGUAUCCAUUGUCUUAGGCCGAAUGUGACAGAGCAUGGAUACAUCGAGAACGAAGAAACUGAAUCAUUGUAG